AUGGCGUCGACGCUACUGCUGGACAAGCAUGUGCAAUUUAUCAAGAAGUUGGAGAAGAAGCGCGAUAGCAGCUUGGCUUAUCAUAUGACAGCGCAUCUGCGCAUGAAUGGCGUAUAUUGGGGUCUUUGCGCGCUGGCUCUCAUGGAAGCCGGCGAUGAAUUAGACCGUGAUGCGCUCGUGGAGUUUGUACUAAGCUGCUAUGACCCAUCGACAGGUGGGUUUGGAUCAUACCCUAAGCAUGAUUCUCAUAUCCUUAGCACACUAAGUGCUAUUCAAAUUCUUGCGCUGAAGGAUGCACUUGAUCCCACUGACCACGCAGUUAUUUUGCAGCUACAGCUUCCCAAUGGUUCGUUUCAGGGCGAUCGGUGGGGAGAAACGGAUACUCGGUUCCUGUACUGCGCAACAAGUGCCUUAGCGCACCUAGGAGCUCUUGAUCGGUUGGAUCAGGAAAAGACCAUCAGCUGGAUCCUGCGAUGUGCGAAUUUUGAUGGCGGCUUUGGGUUGACAGAAGGUGCAGAAAGCCAUGCAGCGCAAGUGUUUACCUGUGUCGGUGCACUUUCUAUUCUCAACGCCCUCGAUCGAAUCGAUCAAGAUACCUUGGCGUGGUGGUUAGCAGAGCGUCAAGUCCCUGCGGGUGGACUGAAUGGCCGGCCGCAAAAACUGGAAGACGUGUGCUAUAGCUGGUGGGUCCUUUCCUCAUUGAGCCUACUGCACCGUCUGCACUGGAUCGAUGCCCAGAAACUUGAAGCAUUUAUUCUCUCCGCACAAGACCCAGACGGCGGUGGCAUUGCAGAUCGUGCGGACAAUGUGGCCGAUGUAUUCCAUACACAGUUUGGCGUGGCGGGUCUCUCGCUUCUAGGCUAUCCUGGCCUGGCCAAGGUCGAUCCUACGUACUGUAUGCCAUUGGCCCUAACGAAGAAACUAGGAAUCGACCGACCGUUUCAGCAAUAG